UGUUGACUUUUGCUCGCCGUGUUGUUUAUAUUUAGAAGCACUGAUAAUUCAGUGAUUUUGGUGUUUGCAGAAAUGCUAUUUCUGCGGUGUUAUUCGACAAAAAUUAAAGAUGUCUAUCCCCAUAGUACUAUUAAGGUUUUUCGAUAUGAUGAAGUAGCAGCAAAGUCAAGAUGCAAAAAUGAAAUGAGAGCGCCUGCCAUAACGGAGGGCGGAAUUAAUACAACAAAUGAAAGUAGGGCUACACAAUUAAAAGAAACGGAAAAUUUUGCAGAAAAUAUUGUGAAAGUACAAAUGAUUUCUCGGAGUUUACACAAGCAAAUAUUUAAGACUACAUCAAGUGGGACGACUGAAAGAACAGCAAAUUAUAUAGCCGAAUUAAAAAAACAUGGCAUUGAUGUGCAUAGCACCAGUCAUUUACCGGAUGUAGAUUUGCAACUUCCAAAACUCCAUGGCAAGGACAUUGAGGAACAUUUUUAUGUGAUUGCUAAAGAGCAAGUAGAUUCUUAUGAACGAUUAAUUAAUAAAUUGGUAACGUGUAAAGCAUUGCCUGCGAGACCCCAAAAAUGGAGCUUCAACAGUGGAUGGACCAUUUAUGAUGCAGUAACAGGAGAAGGACAACCCAUUAGUGCCCCCCUUGAGGAUGCGUUGAUUUUUGAUGUAGAAGUUUGUGUAUUGGAAGGUGCAGCGCCGACAUUGGCUACAGCUGUAGGCACCCAAAACUGGUAUUCAUGGGUAAGCCCGGCUCUAACAAACAUUUGUACAAAUAAACCGAAAAAUCGGGUAUCGCCCCCAAAACGAUAUUCGUUAAAAGAUCUUAUACCAUUGGGUAAUAACGGCCCCAAGAUCAUUGUUGGCCACAAUGUCUCUUACGAUAGGGCCCGACUGCGUGAACAGUAUCUAAUAGAGGACACGGGAGUGAGAUUCUUAGACACAAUGUCGUUACAUAUAAGCGUAAGUGGUAUAACAAGUUAUCAACGGGCACUUCUAAAGUCACAGAAAGAAGCGGAUCCCGAAGACGAGAUAUGGCAAUCACAGAGUUCACUAAAUAGUUUAGUUGACGUUCAUCAAUUGUACUGUGGAGGAGAAUCUCUUUCGAAAGAGCCUCGUAAUAUAUUCCUGGAAGGUACGCUGUCGGAUGUGUCAGACAAUUUCCAAAUGUUAAUGGAAUAUUGUGCUGGAGAUGUUGAAGCUACUUUCAAUGUGUUCACCAAGCUUUACCCUCUUUAUGCACAAAGAUUCCCGCAUCCUGCUACGUUAGCUGGUAUGUUGGAAUUAGGUUCAGCGUAUUUACCCGUUAAUUCUAAUUGGACGCGAUACUUAAAAGAGUCAGAUUUAGCAUAUGAGGACUUAAACAUUGAAGCUAAGAACCAUCUCACAAGGCGAGCUGAUAGCGCUUGUAGGCUAUUGAAGAAUGACGAAUAUCGUGAAAAUCUUUGGCUUUGGGACGAAGACUGGAGUGUCCAAAAAAUAAAGUUGAAAAAAACUAAAAGCUUAAAAAAGAAAGAAGUUCACGGGUCUGUGGAUGCAGGAAGAGAAGGUAAUGUGCUCUCGGAUAAAGAGUACCAGUUACAAAAAAAAUUUCAAUACUUAUACGAUAUGAAAUCAGUUUUGCCGGCUCGGCGCCCACUACUUCCUGGUUACCCCGCUUGGUAUCGCAAGUUGUGUAAGAAAUACCCGCAAAAUUCAGCAUCGGAUGCUAUUGAUUGGUCGCCUGGUGCAACAGAAAUUGGAACUGGAAUGCAAAUAGCUCCUAAACUGCUAUCCUUAUGUUGGGAAGGUUAUCCAUUGCACUAUUUAAGGGAAUAUGGGUGGGGAUUUCUUGUUCCUUUCCGCUCACAGCCAUACCCCCCUGUAGAAGUAGAGGACGUUUCAUCUAAUCCAUAUCGAAUACCAAUUCAAAAGCUAAUAGCACGAUGUCCACUACCUAAAACAAUUAAUACAGAAUCUCAGGAGAUUGAUUAUGCCAUGGGCACACUCGAUUAUGAGAUUGAAUCUAAAUUAGGAAAAAGAGAUUACCGUAAGAAACAACCAAAAGAUCACACAAAUGGAAUUUAUAAAGGAGCUGGUAUUUGGUGCAAGAAAAUAUUAGAAGGGUGUUGCUUUUUCUUAAAACUGCCACAUAAAAACGGAAACUCAUUUCGUGUGGGGAAUCCAUUAUCGAAAGAUUUUCUGAAUAAAUUUUCGGAAAAUGUGCUAAGUAGUGGAGAUGCUGUAGAAGGAUCGGCGAAACGAGUUAUCGAUAUUGCGCGAAUGGUAUCGUAUUGGCGUAAUAACAGAGACCGUAUAAUGGGUCAAAUGGUUGUAUGGCUUAGUAGCGAUGAGUUACCUGAAAGUUUAAAAAGUGUGCGAAAUAUCGUCGACCUAACGGAUUAUGGAGCAAUUUGUCCACAAGUCGUUGCAUGUGGUACACUAACGCGAAGAGCAAUGGAGCCCACUUGGAUGACAGCUUCAAAUUCGCAGCGGGAGCGAAUAGGCUCUGAGUUACGUUCCAUGGUUCAAGCACCGGCCGGCUAUCGGUUAGUUGGCGCUGAUGUGGAUUCGCAGGAGUUGUGGAUCGCCUCAGUUUUAGGCGAUGCAUACGCCUGUGGUAUUCAUGGAGCCACUCCUCUAGGAUGGAUGACAAUCAGCGGGUCUAAGUCAAAUGGUACGGACAUGCACUCAAUAACGGCCAAAGCUGUGGGCAUAUCGAGAGACCAUGCUAAGGUAAUCAAUUAUGCACGUAUUUAUGGUGCUGGACAAAAUUUCGCCGAAGGCUUACUGAAACAAUUCAAUCCAACUUUAUCUGAUACAGAAGCUAGAAGUAAGUCACAGAAAAUGUUUGCUAUUACAAAAGGGAAACGAAUCUAUAAGCUCCGCGAAGAAUACCUCGACAAAUAUGAUGAUAGAAGCUAUUCCGGUUACGAGGCGUUGAAGUUAGCUUCAUCUUCUAAUCGGGCAGUCAAAGAAAUGUUUUACAACCCUAAAUGGGAGGGCGGCACUGAAAGCGCGAUGUUUAACAGACUAGAAGAAAUUGCUUCAAGCGAAUGCCCGAAAACGCCUUUCUUGAGUUGUAGACUCAGUCGUGCACUUGAAAUUAAUGGUGGAGAUGAGCAUCGAUUUCUUCCUACACGUAUAAACUGGGUAGUACAAAGUGGCGCUGUAGAUUUUUUACACCUUAUGUUGGUUUGUAUGCGAUGGCUCAUGGGGAAACAAGUACGUUUUAGCUUAAGUUUUCACGAUGAAGUGCGAUACUUGGUGAAAGAGGAGUUGGCUUACAAAACAGCUUUAGCUCUACACACUACAAAUCUUCUAACACGAUCAUUUUGUUCAUCACGUCUUGGACUUUUUGAUUUGCCAAUGUCUGUAGGCUUCUUUUCAUCAGUUGAGGUUGACACCGUUCUAAGGAAAGAGAGCACUAUGGAUUGUAAAACACCAUCCAAUCCUCAUGGACUUCAUAUUGGGUAUGGAAUCCCACCAGGUGAAAGUUUAAAUAUAUAUGAUGCAAUAGCGAAGGCCGGCGGAGGUAAUAUAGCGCAAUGGCCGUGGAUAAAAUGAAAUUUUUUUGUGUAAUAACGAAAUAGACCAAGAAAUGCUGUAAAAUAUGUUUUUAGAUUUAAGUUACUAAUUCGUGGUGCCAAGAAAAGUUGUUUGUAAUUGAUAAUAAACCUAUAAAUAAUUUAAAAAACAUUGUCG